GAUACCCAAGGAGAUUGUGCUGCCCAUCAUCUUGCUCCUGAGCAUUCACUGGCCAAGAUGUCCUGCCAGCAGAGCCAGCAGCAAUGCCAGCCCCCUCCCAAGUGCACGCCCAAGUGCCCUCCCAAGUGCCAGACCCCAAAGUGCCCUCCAAAAUGCCCUCCUAAGUGCCCUCCCAAGUGCCCGCCUGUGUCUUCCUGCUGUAGCCUGGGUUCUGGGGGCUGCUGUGGCUCCAGCUCUGGGGGCUGCUGCAGCUCUGGGGGUGGCGGCUGCUGCCUGAGCCACCACAGGCCCCGCAGAUCUCUGCGUCGCCAUCGUCACAGCUCUGGAUGCUCUAGCAGUGGGGGCAGCAGUGGCUGCUGUGGCAGCAGUGAGGGAAGCAGUGGCUGCUGUGGUAGCAGUGGGGGAAGCAGUGGUUGCUGUGGCAGCAGUGGGGGAAGCAGUGGCUGCUGUGGCAGCAGUGGGGGAAGCAGUGGCUGCUGUGGCAGUAGCCAGCAGUCAGGGGGCUGCUGCUGA